AUGGACACUCAGUGCAUGAUCCUGGAGAAGCAGGAAUUCAUCCGGAUGGGAAUCCGAGACCAUGUCGUGACAGCCUCUGCCCUGCUGCAUUUUAUUCUGCUUCCUGGUACAAGAUGUGAAGAGAACUGUGGCAAUCCUGAACAUUGCCUGAACACAGACUGGGUACAUCUCUGGUACAUAUGGUUGUUGGUGGUCAUUGGUGCUCUGGUUCUCCUGUGUGGCCUGACCUCCCUGUGCCUCCGCUGCUGUUGUUUGAGCCACCAGCAAAAUGGAGAAGUCAGGGGCCCAUCACCCUACGAAGUGACCGUCAUUGCCUUCGAUCAUGACAGUACGCUCCAGAGCACUAUCACUUCCCUGCAGUCUGUGUUUGGCCCUGCAGCCCAGAGGAUCCUGGCUGUAGCUCAUUCCCACAGCUCCCUGGGUCAAUUGCCCUCCUCUUUGGACACCCUCCCAGGGUAUGAAGAAGCUCUUCGCAUGAGUCGCUUUACAGUAGCAAGAUGUGGGACAAAAGCACCUGAUCUAACCCCAGUGCCAGAAGAAAAGCAGCUACCUCCAGUGGAGAAGGAGUCUCCUGGAAUAGAACACUCUUCAAACUGA